AUGCAGGAAUUACUAUCCAAAGUGAACAAGAAUUCCAUAAAUACGCAUUUGUACGAUCGGAUCGGCUCGAAAUGGAUUUACAUCGAAAGCAACCGUUAUCGUAAUUGGGAGCAAGCAGAAGCGUUCUGCCGUGGGAUAAACGGUCACCUGAUCACCAUCCAGAACGUCUCCGAGCUGAGCGCUCUGAAUGAAAAGAUUAAGAGAAGCACUUUCUACUGGCUGGGAAUCACUGACGUGGCCAAGGAGAGCGAUUUUGUGUCCGUGGCUUCCGGUCAGCCACCUCCCUUUCUCAAGUGGGCAUCCUCCCAACCCAUUGACUGGAACGGAAAAGCCAACUGCGUGGUUAUCUACAACGGCGUAAUGUACGACGAGGACUGCAGUAAAGCUUAUCUUUUCUUUUGCGAGGCGUCUUUUGAUUAA